AUGUCCCGCGGUCGGCCACGCCACAAACUACUCAACGCCAUGUCGCGCACAACCAUGCCGCGCGAGCCGGGAAGCAACGUCUUGCGGCCGCGCGACCUAUCUCACGUACCACGGCCGAUGGUUCCGUCCAAGCCGGGAAACCACGUCCCGCGUCCGGCCGAGAAAGCAUCGACAAUUCCAUCACCCGUCCGACCACAUCGGCCGACCGUGAAAUCAUCCAUUUUUGAAGCCCAAUCCGCACAAUUCAAGCCCAAAGCCGGCGCCGACUUAGCAAUAUUAGGUCUAGUCGCUUUUCCAUACUUAGUCUUUUGGAGCAUUCUGGAGCAUAUGGGACAUGAGGAGCAUGGAGGGACUUGGCGCAUGGACGCAGCUCAACUGGAUACGCAAAGGAAGAAGGGAGAAGCCAUCUUGAAGACCAGCUCGACCAUCUACUCGACCAACCGGUCGAGUUCCUCAACUCGACCGGCCAAGCUUCAACUCGAUCGAGCUGAGAAGUCAAAGUCAAACCCGAAAAAUGUUGCUUCCCCCUUGACUUUCCUUUGA